UGCUCCCCCAUUCCCACCAAAACCAGAGGACUCCUCCAAAUGGAGAAGAUCUGACCAAAUUGAAUAGUAGUAAACUCACUUGUUCCGAGAUGGAUAGAGACAGACAGAGGCCGGAGAUGUACGGAGAUUUCUCCGACUCUCAUCGCAAUUCGCAUUCCUCUACGUCUUCUUGGUCCUCCGACGAUCCUCCUCCUCCUCCGCUUCCACCUCACCAAGCCCUAAACUCCGACGCACACAGAGCUGGAUACCCCGGCGACGGUGACUACCACCACCACCUCCGCCCCCAUCAUCAUCAUCACCAAACUCACCGCCACCACUCCAACCAACGCUACAACCACCAACCGAAUUUCAACUCCGAGCAGCAUGGCCCAGUCCCUGGCAGUGGGCCCGACGAUAAUCCAGCUCAUUUCGGCCGGAAGAGACCCUUUUUUUCUUCAGGUUGUAUUGAGGGUGGCAGUUUUGUGAAACUUUAUGUUGGGGGCAUACCAAGAACAGCAACACAGGAAGAGGUUCGCUCCUUGUUUGAGGAAUAUGGGAAGAUUGUCGAGGUUGUUCGACUUAAGGACAAUAGAACCUACCAACCACAUGAAUGUGGUUUUGUUAAAUAUGCAACUUUAGAGGAAGCGGACCGGGCCAUUGGAGCAUUACACAACAAAUAUACUUUUCCAGCAGGAGUGGCUCCAAUUAAAGUUCGAUAUGCAGAUGGGGAACGGGAACGCCUUGCCAUUGGUGCUUUUGUUCCUGUUCGUCAAGUUGGAUCUGUGACUCGCUCUUCUGAUCCAUCUGGGGGUUUUGGGACACAGGACUGCAAAUUGUAUGUUGGUUGCCUGAACAAGCAAGCUUCCAAAAAGGAAAUUGAAGAAAUAUUUUCUGCUUAUGGUCUUGUGGAAAAUGUCUACAUUGUACUUGAUGAAGUGAAGCAAAGUCGGGGUUCCGGGUUCAUCCAAUUUUCUCAUAGGGACAUGGCAAUAGCUGCAAUGAAUGCACUGAGUGGAACUUACGUCAUGAGGGGAUGUGAUCAACCAUUGAUCGUACGCUUUGCAGAGCCAAAGAAGCCCAGGAUUGGAGAACCAAGGGAUAGUUGCAAAUACGGUGGUUCCCGUCCUCAAGAAUAUGUUAGGCCAGCACCAUAUGUUAAUGACCCAAGGGCUGGACAUACAUUGCCUGAUGCUUCUCUUCCACUAAGUCCAAAGAAUAUGGCGUCAUCUUCCCAAUCUCCAGGGACUGGAGGCAAACCGCAGACAGUUUCUAGGACUACUUCUGUGUCAGAACUAGUUUUUCCUUCAAUUGCCAAUCCAUUAGAUUCUGAUUGGAGUGAACACACUUGUCCGGAUGGAUACAAAUACUAUUAUAAUUGUGCAACUUGUGAAAGCAGGUGGGAGAAGCCUGAAGAGUAUUUGUUACUUGAACGAGUACAAAAGCAGCUGCCGCAGCAGAUGCAACUUUCUUCUCAUCAACAGGUACUUGAUCAUAUGCAAGUACAGGCAGCGACAACGCCGACAAGCGUCAUCAUUUCUCCAACCUGUGUCUAAGUGGUAUUGCGAUAAGUCUUUUAAGGAACUCAGUUUAUUGCAGCAGUCCAGAAUGUUCAGAGUUGGCCUUGAGAAGUCCUAUAACUAUUUUGAAAUUCUAUAAUUGUAACUCCCAACCCAGAUGUGUUAUAUGUACUAACCUCUGAUCAUUUUCAUUCCAAACUUGGUUUCCCUAGCUUUUCUGCAAUGAUUUUGUCCGUUGCGACAAACAACUUCGUUAAGCCAACUUAUUUCGUGGUCAACAUAAUCAUUACAAUUCAUUUAUAUGUUGACAGCCUCAAUUGUUCUUCUGAAAAUGGUUGUAAAGAUGUAUAUCUGUUUGUUUUGCGUUCCUACAUUAGAAAAUAGAAGCUUGUUUUAACAUA